ACAUUUAACAUCCCGUUGUUUUUGAUUAGGCAACAUAAGCAGACUGUUUUUUAUAUCUAUACAAGCAAAAUUAGGUUGAAUAGACUGCGAGCGCGAAAUGCCGCAUGCGUACAUUUGUACAUUUGUAUACGCAUGUGCGGCAUUAUUGUACAUCAGCAUCCAAUAUAAUACGCGUGUGGCUACUGGCUCGGUCGAUCUACAUGUUUCUCUCUUUGCUCUCUCUCUCUCUGCCUCUCUCCUUCAGCUAGUCAACUCUCUCACUUUUCCGUGCGCAGUCUUUUCUCCAAAUAUGCGUCUACGUUGUUAUAUAUUUAGUGUGCUUAACUUGCAGCUAGUUGAACGGCGCAUUAAGCAGCAACUUUGGUCUCUAUUUGAAAUGUCAAGGACUUUUACGCCAAAUGUAGGAACAUCAUAAUCGAAAGGAAAAAUUAGAUGCUUAAUUUCUAGAUUGGAUAAGCUCGGCUGACAAUGUCCAAGUCAACCGCCCGUGUAAGAUAUGGUCAUCCAAAGGCAACCACAGGAAGUGGCCCAUGAGAAAUCCUCCAUGGCCAAGAUUUAACUGAACUGCCAAUGAGACUUCUUCUGGAUUUCUGGUAUUUGAUGAUAUUCCGAAAAUAUGCCGAAGCGGAAGCUCCAGGAGGCUCUGGACAAUAGCAAGGAAGUAUCGGAACAACUUUGCGUUCCGUUUCCCGAUAAUACUUCGGCUGUCGACGGGCAGCCGCCAGGAACGAGCGAUGCCAGAUUACUUUCGUGCUCUGCAAAUGGCUCUGGCCGCACCCACGUGCCCAGCGCUCCAUCGACAUCCGCAACCGACGUUUCCUGUGAGCAACCAUCGUGUAAAAGAAAAAAAUCAGUGCGGUUUUCCGGCGUUACGGUAUAUCUAUUUCCAAGAACUCAAGGAUUCACCUGUGUACCAAGUUCCGGAGGCGUAACGCUAGGGAUGACCCAUGAGCAUUCCGCGGUUAAGAAUUUCAGCCUGGCCGAACAUGAGCAGGAAUGUCGGACGAGCAGAACGCAGUAUUUAAUCCGACGACAACAAGUUGCUUUACGAGAGUCCGAUGAAGAAUCUCCCGAGGAAGAAGAGGACGAGGAAGAGGAUGAGGAUGAUGAAAACGGGGAAGAAUCCGAAGAAGCGGAAGACGCGUACAGUUUUCCGGUUGCGAUUUCAAUUCGACAGAGAAGAAAUCUGCUAAAGGAAGCUGGUUGUCCGGUUGACACAACAGAGCGCAACGACUGCCAGUCAAUUCGCAAUUCCCGAGAAGCUUGUGGAUGCCAAUGCCAAAACGUCUGCAACCCAGCUGAAUGCAGUUGUAGCUUAGGCCAAAUUAAUUGCCAAGUUGACCGGUAUUCCUAUCCGUGCGGAUGUACCAAAGAAGGGUGCCAAAAUGCCUUUGGUCGCAUAGAAUUUAACCCGACUAGAGUCAAAACACAUUAUUUGACUACAAUUUCGCGUAUAACAAUGUCAGGUAAUCUCACAAUGACGGAUAUCUCACAAGAGUAUGGGAGCUAUAAUGCUUCGGAUGCCACCACUACGCCCGCAAGUUCCACGGGCAUUUGUAAUCAACGCGUCGAGCCUUAUGUGCAGACAUCCCAGUGUGAUUAUGCCUAUACAUCUCUCCAGAGCGCGAAUUCGUACCCAGUGGAGUCAGAAGCCGCUUCUGUUUCGAUGAUCAUGAACACGUACACCAAUGGAUGCCAAACUAAUUAUGACUAUUACCAUAUGCAGCCAGUGUACGAUAUUGACUCAUCUACAACGACGAUCUCAGAUAAUCCGGGAGUAGACAACGAGUACCUAUCGUCGAACGAACCCGGCACCUGUUUUUACCGUAAUACAGCUAACUGUAUGAUCUCUCCGGUUAUGGAAUUUAGUUCUUCCGAGGAACUGCCGGUCUAUCCUGCAACAUUGCCCAGUAUCUCUUUCGUUAAUCUCUCUUCACGGGAGAACGAUCUGAACGGCAGUGCAUAUCUUACUUCUUCCCCAUCAGAAGGCACUUCCGGUGAUUCUUCCUCACCCAGUGUCAGUACUGGAACACUGGAUUUCGGGGAACUAAUCAAGCAAUCCUUAGUAGAAACCGUUACGGCCUAGAACCACUUGCGAAUGUUUUCCAUUUUUCAAUUGUUUUAUUUUUAUUCGCGUUGGAAUUUUGGCGCAGCUAAAUCGUUGCAGCUUUUCUGUACUGUUGUCUUAAAUUUUGUGUCUUAACAUGGGAUAAUGUUUAUCAACUACAUAUUUGUAACAGCUUUGAGUAAUUUUACCCGUUGUUAAAUUUUAAGUUUGCCAGACGUUAGCUUGCAGCAUUUUAAUAUUUUGCCAGCUUGUGCUGCGUAGAAACGGAAUUUGGUUUGUUACCAAUGCGUUAAUUUUUUGUGCAAUAAAUUAUUGUGGUUUCAUUACGGACCGAAGUGCCCACUUGGUGUAUCCAAAAAACCUUAAAAAUAAGUUCG